AUGGCUGGACCUUUAGGAUAUAGGAGUCUUCCACCUAAAGCGAAGAAUUUGGUAGUUGCUGGGGGUUUGACAGCUUUUGUCUUUGGUGCCUACUUCUACACCAUGAGGGCUGUUGGAGGCACCGAUGAACUACAGGUAGCAAUUGAUAAGUUUGAAGCUGCCAAGAGCAAGAGUGAGGCUGAUGCAAACUUGUCAUCAAAGGUCUAAGGCUUAUUUAUUGCUUGUACAAUAAAAACAAUACUUUGGGUGCAUUUACUGUUUUGGUCUGGAAUCAAACAUUUCACUCAGCAUGAUAAUGUUAAAACAGAAUGAUAUUGAAUCUAGUUGUAAUAAGUUAACCAGUUUUAUGUACAAUGACUGCGUAGUAAGGAAAUUAUAAUUGGGAUCCUGUUUUGGUCUUA